CCCGGGGCGCGCAAGCGUCGCUGAUGGAUCGCCGGGACUCUCCUGUCUGCUGCACGGGCUAAGGCGGGAAUCCCCUGCAGCAGCAGCAGCCCGGACGGGCGGGCGGACGGAGCGUGCAAGGCAUGUCCGCCUUGAAGCGCCUGCUGAGAGCCAGGCUGGGCAGGCGCUGCUCCGCCGCCUUCUGCCUCUUCUGGGCUGCGUGCGGGGCGGCAGGGGGCGUCUUCUUCUUCUUAGCGCACGGCGGCGUCCUCCUCUCCGGCCGCUGCACCGACGAGCAGAGCCACAGGAUCCUGGCCAGGCUGUGCCUUGACUAUAGAAAAGGAGCCUUGACAGGAGACCUUUGCGAAGACUUGUGUGUGGCACAGAAGUUGAUAUACAAGCGCUGCCUUUAUUAUGACAGAGGUAAGAAGGUCAUCCAAGCUGACUGGAGAGGCCGCCCAGUGAUCCUGAAAUCCAAAAAUGAAAUCUUCUCUAGCUACCACCACCUUGGCUUUCUGGAGGAAAUGGAACCGCAGGGUAUUCCAGAGGCAGAGCUCCUCCUGAUGGUCGCUUUGGAGAUCAAGAAUGUUCUGGGUCUAGAACUUCCUAAUAACACUGUGGUGCCUUUGUGGACGAGGGGGAGGGGCCCACACUGGAAAGCGCAGCUGGCUAGCAUGUGGUCCCUACUCCAACAAGAAGAAUAUAUUUACUUCAGUGUGCUGCAAGACUUCAGUAAACAUGUCCUAAGGGUCAUUGGCUCCUGUGGCCACUUCUAUGCUGUGGAGUACCUGACCGCUGGGCAUACCUGGCAGAAAACUCUCUUUUCUGUGGAAGAUGCGGUCGGUGUUUCCUUUUCUGGAAUUAAAAGCAAGGCUAAGGCCAUCACCGAAAUUGCCAUCAGCUUCCUGGACAUGGUAAAACAUUUUGACAAUGACUUUUCUCACCGGCUUCAUCUGUGUGACAUCAAGCCAGAAAACUUCGCCAUCCGAAGUGAUCUGACGGUGGUGGCUAUUGACGUAGACAUGGCUUUCUUUGAACCGAAAAUGAGAGACAUCCUUGAGCAGAACUGCACGGGCGAUGAAGACUGUAAUUUUUUUGAUUGCUUUUCAAAGUGUGACCUGAGGAGCAGAAAAUGUGGAGCAGAGAGAGCCAAUAACAACCUCCAAGUCAUCUGUGAAAAAAUAUUCCGUCCCUGGUUUUCUCUCAACUUCAUGGGAUCUGCUGUCUCCUUUCCCCUACAGCUGCAGUUACAGAAGGCAGUGCAGGAUUGUGCAGAAGCCAGCACCAAGGACACUGGCCAUCAUCAGAGCCAUUCUUCACAUUCUCUUUCUGAGUUAUACCAUUUGCUUCGAGCUAGUCAAAAGGAACUUCAGAAAUCCAGUAGCUACCCUCAUCUAAUUCACCAAUGAUUACUAUUCAGGGAAGAAGGACUUUAUGUUUUUUUCUUCUUCCAUUCAAUAGAAUUAAUUUCCACUUAAUGACUUCUGACUGUGCUUUUCAAAACUGUGAUUUGAAGAGGUAGCGUGUUUAUUAUUAAUACUCUUUGAAAUGCAAAAUCAUUUUUAUUGGACUCUGUUUUUGCUUCAUUCCUGAACCCAUGCUGCUUCUCCCCUGCUGUUAUUUUGCAUUAUAUUGUUUAUCCAAAAAGCAGCAACACCCGUCCAAACUAAUGUCUGACCCAAGGGUGGAACAACAUUUAAAUUUCAGAUGUGCUUUGGAGAUGGAGGAGAGGGGAGAACAGCUUUGUAAGAUUAAUUCAAGUUUGAAAAUAAAGAGCUGGGGUGGAGUGGUCACCUAAUUAAUGUUUUAUUCAAUAGAGAUUGUGUAGACUAAGAUCUUUGUUAGCAAGAAAGGGAAUAGAUAUUGGAACGAAGGAUAGUUUUCUCGCUGCCUGCCACCCAUCACUAUUUAAGUCAAAAUAGACUAACAAUGUUAGUAGUCACAAUAAAACUGUUUUGCCCAUUGAUUACAAUAAAACAGAAUUAAGGCUACAAAGGUUGGGAUCACAAGGCAGGGGUAAGCUACCCUGUGCCCUCUGUUGGACUACAACCCCUAUCAGCCCCAGCUAGCAUGGCCAAUGGACAAGGAUGAUGGGAGUUGUAGUUAGAUUAAGCACAAAAUUGGCUACCCCUCGUACCUCAUCCCAAGUUCAGCCUGGGCCAUUACUUCACUAUUUCAGUGAAACUGCAGCACUGAUUGAACCAAAGGAAUUGGCUCUUCCGCAAGGACUGCGACCAGAGUCAAGAAAUACGGUACCUUGCACUUGGCUUGUCAGGUCAUAAGCCAGAGUGGUGGUCUACCUUAAAACCCCUGGAAAGGUGGGACACUCAGCAGCUAUGGCUUCUUCCACCUGUUUCUUUUCAGUCUUUUUAAACCCACCUCUAAUCCUCCUGCGGUGGAUUAUAGAGAUUAAGUCCUGCUUAUUACAGUAGGUGAACAAGAGGUUUGGUAGGGUUGAAAAAGGACAAAGUUGCUGAGCUUUUUGGGAAAAAUAGGAAAAAUAAAAUCCAUUUUUGAGCUUUUUUACAAAAUGGAAGAAAGGCAAAAACAGCACUGCUGGCAUGGGCUGCCAUGCACCUGGAUUUUCCCGGACAUUUGACACUGCUGCCGACUGCAGUAUACAGGAUAUGUCUGGGAAAUUCUGGACAUAUGGCAACCCUAGAUUUGAGCAGAGGAGAAGACAUGGCUACAGAAAUGCCUCUCUAAUUUGGAGUUAAACCAUCAAAAUGAGUUUCAGCCUCCUGCAUCUUAGUUAGAAUAGUCUGGGACAGCAGUUCAUUAGAAACCACCUGAACAUCACAGAAUUGCCACCAGUGAACCUCUGUCCAAACAACAUCAAAGGGAAGGUUGCAUCAUUAUAUUGUUCCCAAAUCGCCUCAGACCUCCAGCAGACUGGAGAGGGGUUCAGCAAAUGCUUGUGCACAGGGUUUUAAAGAAAAAUGAAUGAAAGCAUGCGUCAUGACAGUGUGGGUUGUCUGGUAGAAAGGAAGAAUUGAGAACUGUGUCCCACCAUGUUUAAUUAUCAAGGGUAGGCACUGAUUGUGUAUUGCACUAUCAUCUUGAUGGCAUUAAUCUGUGACACAAAUGAGGGUGAGAGAGGAUGUCUUGGACUGUGAAGGAAUAUGUUGCUGACACAACAUAACAAUAUUAAUAAACGUACAGAUACUGCCUUCUAGGGAAAGAAGCACUAGGUUUUGGACAGGCUACUGGGGGAAAACCCCAAUACUUUCAUAUCCCUAUAAUAUACAGGAGGCUUCCUCAACCUCGGUCCUCCAGAUGUUUUGAGACUACAAUUCCCAUCAUCCCUGACCACUGGUCCUGCUAGCUAGGGAUCAUGGGAGUUGUAGGCCAAAAACAUCUGGAGGGCCGAGGUUGAGGAAGCCUGAUAUACAGAGUGCUGUUUUUAUGCAUGCUACAUCUCACAUGAAGCAUAGAUGGAAAUGCUAUUGUGUCUAAUUUAACUGUGGAAUUUGGGGGGAAGAAUGAAAUCUGUGUGCACAGGGGUAAUUCUGAUUCUAAGGAACACCAGCGGCACCAUCCUAAGCACAUUUAGUCAAUGGCAGUCGUUCUGAGUCAAAUGGGGCUUACUCAAAAGUAAGUGUGCCUAGCAUUGUAGCUUAAAAAUACUAUAGCAAAAAAGAAAAACGACACUUGAGUUUUGGAAUAAAACCUUCUGUUUUUCAUAA